AUGCGUUCUAUCGUACUUUUUGGCUUGCUAGCUGUGUGUAUUUCGGGAGCACCCAGGGAAAAACGUUUCGCCGCACUCGGAUUGACCACCACAGGCCUUGGUGGAACGACAGGAUGUGUGGUGACGGAUAACGUCUUGUACGCGAAUGGCUUUAAGCAACGUGAGUUGAGUGAAAGUGAAAUGUCGGAGUUGGAGCAAUAUCGUGAACAAUUGGCCGAUUAUAAAAAGCAAGUGAAGAGUGCGCUUGAGAAGAAAAGGAAUUCGAUGAAGAAGCGAUUUUCGGGAAAUGACAUGACUCGCGAUGAUGAGAAUGAGGUGGCGAAAGAUGAAUCGUUGAAAGCACCUAAGAAACCAUCUUUCUGCAAAGAAGAGGACACAACUCAGUACAUUUUUGACGGUUGUAUGGUUCAGAACAACAAAGUCUAUAUUGGGCGCGAGUACGCUAGGGAUCUAACAACAGAUGAAGUCAAGCAACUCAAGAUCUUCGACGCAAAGAUGACCGUCUACCAGAAAUGGGCACAGAAACAGAUGCAAAAGCAAAUGAAGGGCCUCUUCGGCGGAAAUGAUUUCUUCUCGGCGAUCUUCGGCGGUCGGAGUGGCGCAUCGCAUUUAGAGCCAACUACCGUCGACCCGGAAGCUGAUCAACCACCACCCGAAGCUCCAGAAGCGCCAAAAUUCUGCACAGCUAUAUAU